UGACAUCAUCAAACAUAUCGAAACGCAUUCGACUGCGGCCAACAUGUUACAAAGUUUCAAUGACUCGUGACUUCGCGCGUCGAUGCCACGGCCGUCCGGCGCAAAACGAAACGGGGUAGACAGCUUGUUUGUUUUUAUAUUGGCGUGAGACAAAUUCGUUCCUACGCAGUGACCUUUCGGAGAUCGCAUGCAGAAAAUCGCGUAGGAGUCGCUUCGAGCGCGGUGAAGAUUUGCGCGCUGCCUGUUUUCCUUCAUCGCUCAAUGGAGUCACGGGUCGGGUUCAAUCGUGAGGAGAUCAACAGCACGAUCUGGGAGGUUCCGGACAAGUACAUUUGCCUGAAGCAGAUCGGAACCGGGGCGUAUGGCAGUGUGUGCUCCGCUAUCAAUAACAAAAGCAAGGAGAUGGUGGCCAUCAAGAAGUUGCACCGGCCUUUUCAGUCAGAGAUCUUUGCGAAGAGGGCCUAUCGUGAGCUGAGGCUUCUCAAGCACAUGAAACAUGAAAAUGUGAUAGGACUGCUAGACGUCUUUACUCCCGCCUCCAGACUGGAUGACUUCAAAGACUUCUACCUGGUGAUGCCAUACAUGUUCACAGAUCUCUCCAAAGUCAAAGGUCUUCUGACAGAAGAUCGCAUACAGUUCCUGGUCUAUCAGAUGCUCUGCGGACUUAAGUACAUUCAUGGCGCUGGCAUCAUUCACAGAGACCUCAAACCAGGAAAUCUGGCCGUUAACCAAGAUUGUGAGCUGAAGAUCUUGGAUUUUGGCCUGGCACGUCACACAGAAGCAGAGAUGACGGGUUACGUUGUGACGCGCUGGUACCGGGCCCCUGAGGUCAUUCUGAACUGGAUGCACUACACGCAGACAGUGGAUAUCUGGUCUGUUGGAUGCAUCAUGGGUGAAAUGUUCAAUGGAAAAACACUCUUUAAAGGAAAAGACUACAUGGAUCAGUUGACUCAGAUAAUGAAAGUGACAGGGACACCUGGUAAAGAAUUCAUUGGCAAACUCGAAAGCCCAGAGGCAAAGAGCUACGUCAGCUCGCUGCCCCUGUACCCACGCAAGGACUUCUCUGCAUUGUUUCCCAGAGCUAGUAAAAAAGCGGUAGACCUGCUUGAGAAGAUGCUGGUGUUAGAUGCAGACAACCGUCUCACUGCUGAUGGCGCGUUGGCACACAGCUACUUCGAUGGCUUGAGAGACCCAGAGGACUGGCCAGAGCCGACGCCAUACGACGACAGCUACGACAAUGCCACAAUGCCUUUAGAAGAAUGGAAACGUUUAUCCUUUAAAGAAGUGAGGAGUUUCGUUCCGUUCCCAAGAAGGGAUUCAAAGAGAAGAAACACGCUCACAAUGUCGUAGUGAACUGUCACCAGUGUUAAUGAAAUACUGAAUUACAACGAUACAAUUUAGGCCUUCAACUAUUGGAAUACUCCAAUAUUUUGUAAACACCCAACUGCUUUAGGAAUAUGUAUUAAUUACGCGCCUCUAGUAAGUGUUUCUGUGUAAUAUGUUAUAAAUGUCUCUUGCGUUGCUAAUAUGCAUGGCACCACACAAGGAUAGUUCACUCCAGAGCCGUUGAGAGAGAAAGUUCACAAUUUUUGCAUGUCCCGUGAUUCACUGAGCCUUCAGAUAUUUCAGAGAAUUUAUGUUUUCUCCUUAAAUGCUUUAUUUCUUACAUUUUUUUUAUUCAUUAAAUUACUUGCAUCUUUAAAUGUUUUAAAAGUUUGUCACAAUUGGUCUGUUUUGCUGCAGCUCUAUGCAUUACUAGUAACUUCCGGAAACUAUUGAGAGGCUCCAUGAACCCCCAUUGCUGUGAAAAAACUGUUCCAUUGAAGCAACUCUCUCUCUCAAUGGCUCUGGUUCGCCCAGAAAUGAAAAUUCUCUCAUCAUUUACCCUUGUUGCUUGAUGACUUGUAGGCGAUACAUAUCUUCUGAGGCCAAAUGAUGAGAUAUAGAUUAUAUGCUUUGUGUGAGGACAGGAUUUCCCCAAAAAGUGUAAACACUGCCGCUGUUGCUCUUAAAGGCAGAGCUUUAUGGAUCACGUCCAACAUUGCAAGAGACGUGCUUGAUAUUAAAAUAAGAUUUUAAAAGUGCUAUCUAUCUGCAUGCAUGCUCUGUGCACGAGUGCUUGUGAUAACUCAAGUACCUGCCUCAACGGCCAAAAGCACUUCAAUCUCUAAAUCAGAAUGCAUCUCGAAUUCAUGUAAACACGGUAAAUGUAAAUAACAACAGGAAAAUUUGGAUACAUGUCAAGCUAUUGUACGACAGAGAUGGCAAUAGAGCUGAAAGAUACAAAUUGCAGAUUAAUGUUAAACAUAAAAAAGAUUAAAAACCUAUUCAUCCAAUGCACUGGCCAAUAAACCAAAACAUUAAAGAGAUACUUCACCCAAAAAUGAAAAUUCUGUCAACAUUUACACCUUCUGAAGAACACAGAGAAAGAUAUUUGGAAGAAUGCUUAUAACCAGAAAGAUUUUGCCCCCAAUUGGCUACUAUAGUAGGAAAAAAUAAAAUGGUAGUCAAAAGUGACACAGGACUGUUUGCUGUCCUACAUUCUUCAAAAUGUUUUCUUACGUGUUCAACAGAACAAAAAUAUUAUAGUAGAAAUAUUUUUUCCUACUAUCGGAGUCAACGGGGGCGGGGGGGGGGGGGAUCUGUACCGUAUACAGAUUUGGAACAACUCCUAGGUGAGUAAAUGAUGACAGAAUUUUCAUUUUUGGGUGAAGUAUCCCUUUAAACGUAAAGCCCUUACACAAAGCACUUUUUAAAUAUAACUUUCUUUUCAGUCUGUUCCUCACAUAAAGAAUUGGCUCAUACAGUAGGCAUAUAUAACAUUAUGGUGCUUUCUGUACUUUUGGAGUGUGUCAGAAUACGUUCAUUGUAUGGAAAAGAGUAGAGUGAAUAUUAUGAUUUUAAUUUGUGUUAGACAAAAAAGUGGGCGAACUAUUCCCUGAAUACUAUCAGGUGUCAACAAUAGAUAGCUAUAUAUAGAUAGAGGUACAAUAAAUGGUUUACUAAAUAUAUCAGUCAAACUCUCCAAGGUUCAGUAUUUUGAAAUGUUUACCGAACUAGUCUUGUUUAACUUCUUUGAAAGGUGAGACAGGAUGUUUUACUUGGAUGUUAAUGUAAAUGAAUCAAUUGAUUGGCCACAACAAAUGGCAGCUUAGAGCAGAGGGCACAUUAAGGUUUUAGUUGCACAAUGGUGUUAGAUGUAGAGGCCCAUUCAAAUCUGUUUUUCUAAAGAAACUGACUUCAUUUGCAUUAUCACAAUGUUUGGGAUGGAUGUUAACUGACAUUUUAUGACUUAAGUGCUGUGCUUUUCGUUUCAUUGCCAUGUUAUUUCAAGUAUGUAACCAUGUGUUCUGGAUCAGGGACCCGAAUGUAACCAUUCAAGAAUACAUUAUUGGAAAAAGG